AAUCUGAAUAGAAUGCAUGCCCAUCAGCUGGACUCGUAUCUGGCUGGGAUGCCCAUGGGUAUGAGCAUGUCGGGCCCAAUGCAUCCGGGGAACAUUUCUGGCAACGAAAGACCCAAUGGAGGCGCAUUGGCAUUACAUUAUGCAGCGGCCAGGGGCUGCCUGGACUGUGUCCAGUUGCUGGUUGCCGCAUCUGUAGAUAUUUGCUAUUUUUCAACUAUCAACGUUAAGAAGGGCCUGCUGGGCCGCAUGACCACAAGUCUGACCUCGUACCGUCGCAGCAAGCAGAAGAGCAAAUCCAACAAUGACAUACACACCAUCAUCUCAACGGAGGUGAACUGCGUAACUACUGCCAUACUCAGCAGCAGCAACAGCAACAGCAACAAUACAAAUAACAAUAAAAAAAGGAGCGAUAGCAGCAGCAGCGUCAGCAGCAGUCAUAGCAACGGCCCCGAUCCGGAUACGGAGCACGUGGCAGACACAGCAGCCGCACUCAGUCCAAAUCACAAUCGAAAUCAUCAGCACAACAAUAGUAGCAAUCAGGAGGAUAUCAAUCCCAGCGAACAUCUAAGCGAUCUCUCUAUCGAACGUAUGAUGGAGGCGCAUCAGAGAAAAGUCUCCAGUGCUAUGGGCGCCAACGGUGACUCAAUUGGGGAUGAGAGUGCGCCCAUGUUGGCCACUGGGGCUGGUCAGGGUCGCAAGGAGCAAAACAAUCGACGCAGCGUCGUGAGCGCCAAUACGCAAAUGGACAAUGAUGUCACGCCCGUUUAUCUGGCCGCCCAGGAGGGGCAUUUGGAGGUGCUCAAGUUUCUGGUGCUUGAAGCCGGCGGUUCUCUCUAUGUACGCGCACGCGACGGCAUGGCACCGAUCCAUGCCGCUUCACAAAUGGGCUGCUUGGAUUGCCUCAAAUGGAUGGUGCAGGAUCAGGGCGUUGAUCCCAAUUUACGUGAUGGCGAUGGUGCCACGCCACUGCAUUUUGCCGCCUCUCGUGGCCAUCUGUCUGUGGUGCGCUGGCUGCUCAACCAUGGUGCUAAACUGUCUCUGGACAAAUAUGGCAAAUCGCCAAUUAACGAUGCGGCCGAAAAUCAACAGGUUGAGUGUCUCAAUGUAUUGGUGCAGCACGGCACCACCGUGGAUUACAACAAUAAGAACAAUUCACAGCGUCACAAGUCGCAGCACCAACAUCAGCAGCAGCAUCAGCAGCAGCAGCAACAUCAACAUCAACAGCAACAACAGCAGCAGCAACAACAACAACAUUUGAGCAGCAGCUGCAACUCGAAUACGAAUUCCAGCAAGCAGACGAGCCGCAGCAACACCAUCAAAUCGAAAUCCUCAUCCACGCUCAGCUCCGAUGUGGAGCCAUUUUAUUUGCAUCCGCCCGCUGUGACUGCAGCCGCUGCUGCUGCUGGCGUUGGCAUUGGCGGCAUUGGCGUUGGCAUCACGCGCAAAAACAGCGACGCUUUGUACUCGCAGCAGUCGCGCAGCUCAUCGGAGAAGCUUUAUGGGUGCAACGGGGCAUCGGGCGGCAGCGUGGCGGGCGGCACAAGCACGGGCGGCGGCGCACUGCUGCCAAACGAUGGGCUGUAUGUGAACCCAAUGCGCAAUGGUGGAAUGUAUGCGACACCGUCGCCGAAUGGCAGCAUAUCGGGCGAGUCGUUCUUUCUGCACGAUCCGCAAGAGAUCAUCUAUAAUCGGGUGCGCGAUUUGUUCGUCGACUCGGACUGCAGCAGCGUGAAGCAGCACCAGAUGCCGCACCCAUUGCACUCGAUGCAGUCAAAGGUUAACAGCAAUGCGAUUAUGACCAUUCAGGCCGAUGUCCAUUCCAGUUCCAGUGGCGCCGGCAGCGGAUCCGAUGAGUCCGUCUCCAUCUCGUCCAGCUUCAACUCGCCAAAGAGCAGCAGUCAUCACCACAGCAACAGUCACAGUCACAAACAUCAUCAGCAUUCGCAUUCGCAUCAGAUGCGCAGUCAGAGCUUCAAUCGGCAUGGCAGCAGCAGCAACGUAAGCAGCGGCGGCAUUGCCAAAAAUAAUCAACAAAAGAGCAUCAGCAGCAACAUAAGCAACAGCAAUGCCAAUCAGAAUGGCGAUCAUGACUACGAGGAUAUUUAUUUGGUGCGCGAAGAGUCCCGCAAGCAAAAUCAGCAACAUCAUCAACAGCAGCAGCAUCAUCAGCUGCAGCAACAGCAGCAAAUGCAGCAACAGCAACAAAUGCAGCAACAGCAACAAAUGCAGCAGCAGCAACAGCAGCAGCAGCAGCAACAACAGCAACAGUUGCAACACAAAUACAAUGUGGGCAGAUCGCGCUCCCGCGACAGUGGCUCCCACUCACGCUCCGCCAGCGCCAGCUCCACGCGCAGCACAGAUGUGGUCUUGCAGUACAGCAAUCAUCAUUUGAACAACAAGCGCAAUAACUACAACAACAGCAGUGGCAGCGGCAGCAAUGGCAAUGGCAAUGGCAGCAACAACAACAACAGCAACAACAACAACAUGAGCAUGUUGAAUCGCAACAAAUCGCAUUCGAUGAUUGGUCUACACAGCAGCAAGUACGAUUCAAGCACAAAGGACAACUAUAGCGGCAAGAAUGUGAAUCUUAACCAGAAUCUGAAGAAUCAGCUGCUCAAUGGUGGCAUCAAAAGCGAUACAUACGAGAGCGUCUGCCCGCCCGAGGAUGUCGCUGAACGCACCAAGCAGACCCACAAGAACUCCAUGAUACGCAACAAUUUGGCGGAUGCGAGCAUCAAUAGCAACAGCACAAGCAACAUUAAUCAAAUCAACAAUAACACCAACACCAGCAACAACAUGAGCAAUAGAAAUCUGAAGCGUGUCUCAUCGGCGCCACCAAUGCAAAAUUUAGCCGUGGUUAAUGGGCCUCCGCCGCCGCCUUUGCCACCGCCGUUGCGUGCUGCGGUGCAACGCAACAACUUAAAUCCCGAACACUCCAGUAACAACGGCAAUAACAUAUACAUGAAGAAUCACUUUGGUGCGACACCAGCAACACCAGCGACAGCAACAACUGUUGGCUCAGCUGGCGGACACGAGACGGUGGACUCGGAUUCGGGCCUGGAGGUGGUCGAGGAGCCUAGCUUGCGACCUUCGGAACUGGUGCGGGGCAAUCACAAUCGCACCAUGUCCACUAUAUCAGCGAACAAGAAAGCCAAGCUUCUCAAUGGCAAUGGCAGCGCCAGCGCCAGCGGCAACGGCAACAGCAACGGUAAUGGAAGCGCGUCAGCCGACGCAGCAGCAGCAGCAGCAGCAGCAGCAGUUGGCUCCGCUGACAAUGGGGAGGGGCACUAUCAUCAGCAGCAGUCGGCGGGCAGCAUCUAUGGCUAUGCGGAGGGACCGGGUGGCAUGCAGCGCAACAACAGCAUCAGUAACAGCAACAGCAACAGCAAUAGCAACUGUCAGCUGCCCUUGCACUAUCAACAGCCACAGCAGCAGCAGCAAUCGUUGUACGCACCGAGCAUCUAUGGAGUGGGUUCUUCCGCCGAAGAUCACUAUGAGCUGCAGCAGUCACAGUAUGGCGGAAUUUAUGCCGGCGAGGGUGCAGCUAGCAUCGCUGGCGUUCGGUCUGGGGGCCCCAAUUUGGUCAACAAACAGCUGGUGUUGCCGUUUGUGCCGCCCAGUUUUCCCAACAAAUCACAAGACGGCGUCACGCAUCUCAUCAAGCCGUCGGAGUAUUUGAAGAGCAUUAGCGAUAAGCGUUCGUGUCCAUCCUCGGCCCGCUCCACAGACACGGAGGAUUACAUGCAGAUACAGAUUGCUCAACAACAGCAUCAGCAUCAUCAUCACCAGCAUCCUCAUCAGCAUCCGCAUCAUUCGCAUGCGCUGGGCAUGGGUGAGCAGCCGCCGUUGCCACCGCCUCCGCCACCAUUGCCGCACCACAUGAUGCCGCCGCCAAUGCCAAUGUUACUGCCUGCAAUGGCCGGCGAUGCCACCAGCAAGUCCCAGAAGCCCAAGAAGCCCCAUGGCUCGGCAGCGCCCAACAGCCAGGAUACGGCCACACGCAAACAACAUCAGCCACUGUCCGCAAUAUCCAUACAGGAUUUGAACAGCGUACAGUUGCGUCGCACCGACACACAGAAGGUGCCAAAGCCGUACCAGAUGCCGGCGCGCAGUCUGAGCAUGCAGUGCUUGACAACCAGCACGGAUACUUAUCUGAAAACCGAUCUGAUAGCCGAGCUGAAGAUAUCAAAAGACAUACCCGGUAUUAAGAAGAUGAAGGUGGAGCAGCAGAUGGCCAAUCGCAUGGACUCGGAGCACUAUAUGGAGAUAACGAAACAGUUCACGGCCAACAACUAUGUGGAUCAGAUACCAGAAAAGGAUCAGGCCGGCAAUGCCAUACCCGACUGGAAGCGUCAGAUGAUGGCUAAGAAGGCGGCUGAGCGUGCCAAAAAGGACUUUGAGGAUCGCAUGGCCCUCGAGGCGGAAUCACGUCGUCUCUCCCAAAUACCGCAAUGGAAACGCGAUCUUUUGGCGCGUCGCGAAGAAACUGAAAACAAGCUGAAAGCGGCCAUCUACACGCCCAAAGUGGAGGAGAACAACCGCGUUGCAGACACCUGGCGCCUCAAGAACCGCGCCAUGUCCAUCGACAACAUUAAUCUGGCCACCUGUGGCGGCGGCCUCAACGUCGAGCAGCAUUAUCAGCAGCUGCAGCUACUCCAACAGCAGGUGCAACUGGCCAAUCCGCAGGGUAACAACAAGGAAAAUUACAGCGAUGUGUCCUCAGCAUCCAAGCCCGGCGAUAGUGAGCCACCGCUGUCGCCACCGCCACCACCACCCCAGCAGCAGGAUGCUCAAGACAAUGGCGAGGAGAAGCAGAAUGACAAUGACAACAUCAUUCCUUGGCGCGCCCAGCUGCGCAAGACCAACAGUCGCCUGAGCUUGAUCUGAACUCGGCAUCUUUGCGUUUAAGUCUCUUAUAUUGCAUUUUUUUUUUUGUCCAUUCCCCUCAAUGCGAAAAUAUUAAACUUAACGAGCGUGCAAUUCAUAAAAAUAUAUAUUUCAAUAUGCGAGUGAAAUACAUUUAAAUGUAUGCAUGUCU